AUGUUUAUAAGCACGUUAUUAUGCGUGCUUCUGGCAAAUACAGUAAGCGGCCUAGAAAAUGGCCUUGCAAGGACGCCACCGAUGGGUUGGUUAAGCUGGGAAAGGUUCAGAUGUAACACGGAUUGUAAAAAUGACCCAGAUAAUUGUAUUAGCGAUCGAUUGUUUCGUAAAAUGGCAGAUUUGGUUGUGUCCGAAGGAUACGCUGCUGCCGGUUAUAAAUAUAUUAACAUUGAUGAUUGUUGGUUAGAAAAAGAAAGAAAUUUUGCUGGACAAUUGGUGGCAGAUCGUGAAAGAUUUCCCUACGGCAUAAAAGACCUCUCGAAUUAUAUACAUAGCAAAGGUUUGAAAUUUGGAAUUUACGAAGAUUAUGGAAAUUACACGUGUGCAGGUUAUCCGGGAAUUUUAGGACACCUUGAAAAAGAUGCUCAAACUUUUGCUUCGUGGGAUGUUGAUUAUGUUAAACUCGACGGAUGUUAUUCUCAUCCUGCCGAAAUGGAUUUAGGUUAUCCGGAAUUUGGUUAUUAUCUUAAUAGAACUGGAAGACCCAUGGUUUAUUCUUGCAGUUGGCCAGUUUAUCAAAUAUAUGCAGGCAUUGUGCCAAAUUUUAAAUCCAUUAUUGAUAGUUGUAACUUGUGGAGAAAUUUCGACGAUAUCCAGGAUUCUUGGGCCAGUCUUGAAAGCAUUAUCGAUUAUUAUGGAAAUAAUCAAGAUGCCAUCGUUCCAAAUGCAGGUCCUGGACACUUUAAUGAUCCAGACAUGUUGAUUGUUGGAAAUUUCGGUUUGAGUUACGAACAAUCAAAAACUCAAUUUGCACUUUGGGCCAUAUUGGCUGCUCCACUUUUAAUGUCUGUCGAUUUAAGAACUAUCAGACCUGAAUAUAAAGCCAUUUUACAAAACAGAAAAAUUAUUGCAGUCGAUCAAGAUCCUUUGGGUAUUCAAGGAAGAAGAAUAUAUAAGCAUAGAGGAAUUGAAAUUUGGGCUAGACCGAUAACUCCUGUUGUUCAAGGAUAUUUUUCAUAUGCCAUCGCUUUCCUUAACAGAAGAACUGACGGUACUCCAUCAGAUAUUGCUGUAACAUUACGAGAAUUAGGACUUAUCAAUUCUGGAGGAUACCAAGUGGAGGAUUUAUACGAAAACGUUUCCUACGGAGUACUUUCACCGAGUACCAAGAUAAAGGUUAAAGUUAAUCCAUCGGGUGUUGUUAUACUUAGAGCGAACGUUAAUGCGGAUCCCAGGAGCACGGUACGUUUCGGACAAUAUUCCACCCCGACGACAUUAAGGCCAACCGAUAAUCUUCUCACGUUUCAAACGUUUGUUCCUCAAAGUACAGCAAGGUUGCCAAUUGCUCAACCUACAAGGUUACCAGCUCUUACUUCAACCCGAACCCACUUUAAUCCAUUCCUUCCCAUUCAACUAUGA